GACCUGCUCCUUCUGAACGUGGCCUCAGAAGGCAGAAAACUAUUCCCAGAAGCAGAGAAGGGAUGAGGACCCCGUGAAAGGACCAAGAGAUGAAAUAUGGAACAGCAAGACCCAUCUACCCCUGAAGCAGGACUUGGCCCUGAUGCCAUCAAGAUUGAGACCCAUGCGGAGGAAUUCCUGGGGGAAAAUGUGCAGAAGAUCUUGGGGGAGAAUCCCCUCAGCUCAGAUGUGCAGCGCCAGCAGUUCCGGUGUUUCCGCUAUCAGGCAGCUGAGGGGCCCCGAGAGGCUUGCAGCCAACUCCACCUUCUUUGCCGUGAGUGGUUGAAGCCAGAGCGACACUCAAAGAACCAGAUCGUGGACAAGGUGAUCCUGGAGCAGUUCCUGGCUGUCCUGCCCCCAGAGAUGGAGAGCUGGGUGAGGGAAUGUGGGGCCGAGACCAGUUCCCAGGCAGUGGCCCUGGCAGAAGGUCUCCUGCUGAACGUGGCAGAGGACGAGAAGCAGGCAGAGCAGCAGGAAAAGGGUCUCUGUGCAGAAACAGGAAUGGAUUUCCCUGAGGCAGAGAGGACUCCAUUGGACCCCAGGCAGAGGCCGCUGGGGGAUGGAAUCAUGUCAGCAAGACCUACUAAAUCAUAUCCCCUUUCUGGUGGAGGAGAAGCUGUUGCUAUCGCCCCAGAUCAGGAUCCAGUGUCUUUGGAGGAUGUGGCUGUGCAGUUCACGGAAGAGGAGUGGGCUUUGCUGAAUCCUGACCAGAGAGCUCUGCAUAGCGAAGUCAUGGAGGGGAUUUGUGGGACUCUGUCCUGUCUUGAAGAUGACAAGUGGAAAGCCAAGAGGAAGGAAGAACUAUGUGGGAAAGAGAGAUGGGAAAAAGACAGAUCUGAAAGCAAGGAAGAGCAGAGGAGGAAACCUGAAGCAGAACAGAAAAGGAGGAAUAAAUCUUGCUCUUCUCAGGGGAGUGGCUACCAUAAAACUGUGAUCCAAGAAAAAACAGAUCAAGGAAUUAAAAGAAAUAAAUAUUUUCAUUGUUGGAGAAGCUUGGAAUGUGGAAAUGGCUUCAGCUGGAAAAGCAAACUCAGUGCUCAUCAAAAAAUUCACACCGGGAAGAAACCAUAUAAGUACUUAGAAUGUGGAAAGAGCUUCCAUCGGAAGACACAACUGACUGCCCGUCAAGCAAUUCACACCGGGGAGAAAGCAUAUAAGUGCUUAGAAUGUGGAAAGAGCUUCAGUUGGAAAGAGCAACUCACUGCCCAUCAAAGUAUUCACACUGGGGAGAAACCAUAUAAGUGCUUAGAAUGUGGAAAGAGCUUCACCAGAUUUUCCUAUCUCACUUUGCAUCAAAGAAUUCACACUGGGGAGAAACUAUAUAAGUGCUUAGAAUGUGGAAAGAGCUUCCGCAGGAAACAAGCACUCACUGGCCAUCAAAGUAUCCACACUGGGGAGAAACCAUAUAAGUGCUUAGAAUGUGGAAAGAGCUUCAGUUGGAAAGAGCAACUCACUGCCCAUCAAAGUAUUCACACUGGGGAGAAACCAUAUAAGUGCUUAGAAUGUGGAAAGAGCUUCACUAGAUUUUCCUAUCUCACUUUGCAUCAAAGAAUUCACACUGGGGAGAAACCAUAUAAGUGCUUAGAAUGUGGAAAGAGCUUCUGCAGGAAACAAGCACUCACUGGCCAUCAAAGUAUCCACACUGGGGAGAAACCAUAUAAGUGCUUAGAAUGUGGAAAGAGCUUCAGUUGGAAAGAGCAACUCACUGUCCAUCAAAGUAUUCACACUGGGGAGAAACCGUAUAAAUGCUUGAAAUGUGGAAAGAGCGUCACUAGAUUGUCCUCUCUCACUUUGCAUCAAAGAAUUCAUACUGGGGAGAAGCCAUAUAAGUGCUUAGAAUGUGGAAAGAGCUUCAGUAGGAAACAGCAACUCACUGCCCAUCAAAGUAUUCACACUGGGGAGAAGCCAUAUAAGUGCUUAGAAUGUGGGAAAAGCUUCCACCAGAAGAUAAAUCUGACUUCCCAUCAAAGAACUCACACUGGGGAGAAACCAUAUAAGUGCUUAGAAUGUGGAAAGAGCUUCAGUUGGAAACAGCAACUCACUGCCCAUCAAAGUAUUCACACUGGGGAGAAACCAUAUAAGUGCUUAGAAUGUGGAAAGAGCUUCAGUAGGAAACAGGAACUCACUGCACAUCAAAGUAUUCACACUGGGGAGAAACCAUAUAAGUGCUUAGAAUGUGGAAAGAGCUUCCACCAGAAAAUCAAUCUGACUUCCCAUCAAAGAACUCACACUGGGGAGAAACCAUAUAAGUGCUUAGAAUGUGGAAAGAGCUUCCGUCGGAAGAUACAUCUCACUUUCCAUCAAAGUAUUCACACUGGGGAGAAACCAUAUAAGUGCUUAGAAUGUGGAAAGAGCUUCACUAGAUUUUCCUAUCUCACUUUGCAUCAAAGAAUUCACACUGGGGAGAAACCAUAUAAGUGCUUAGAAUGUGGAAAGAGCUUCCGCAGGAAACAAGCACUCACUGGCCAUCAAACUAUCCACACUGGGGAGAAACCAUAUAAGUGCUUAGAAUGUGGAAAGAGCUUCAGUUGGAGAGAGCAACUCACUGCCCAUCAAAGUAUUCACACUGGGGAGAAACCGUAUAAAUGCUUAGAAUGUGGAAAGAGCUUCACUAGAUUUUCCUAUCUCAAUUUGCAUCAAAGAAUUCACACUGGGGAGAAACCAUAUAAGUGCUUAGAAUGUGGAAAGAGCUUCCGCAGGAAACAAGCACUCACUGGCCAUCAAAGUAUCCACACUGGGGAGAAACCAUAUAAGUGCUUAGAAUGUGGAAAGAGCUUCAGUAGGAAACAGCAACUCACUGCCCAUCAAAGUAUUCACACUGGGGAGAAACCAUAUAAGUGCUUAGAAUGUGGAAAGAGCUUCAGUAGGAAACAGCAACUCACUGCCCAUCAAAGUAUUCACACUGGGGAGAAGCCAUAUGAAUGCCUGGAAUGCGGGAAGGGCUUUACUAGAAAUUCCUCUCUCACUUUGCAUCAAAGUAUUCACACUGGGGAGAAGCCAUAUAAGUGCUUAGAAUGUGGAAAGAGCUUCAGUAGGAAACAGCAACUCACUGCCCAUCAAAGUAUUCACACUGGGGCGAAGCCAUAUAAGUGCUUAGAAUGUGGAAAAAGCUUCCACCAGAAGAUAAAUCUGACUUUUCAUCAAAGUAUUCACACUGGGGAGAAACCGUAUAAAUGCUUGGAAUGUGGAAAGAGCUUCAUUUGCAAAGAGCAACUCACUCCCCAUCAAAGAAUUCACACCGGAGAGAAAGCAUAUAAGUGCUUAGAAUGUGGAAAGAGCUUCAGUAGGAAACAGAAACUCACUGACCAUCAAAGUAUUCACACUGGGGAGAAGCCAUAUAAGUGCUUAGAAUGUGGAAAAAGCUUCCACCAGAAGAUAAAUCUGACUUCCCAUCAAAGAACUCACACUGGGGAGAAACCAUAUAAGUGCUUAGAAUGUGGAAAGAGCUUCAGUUGGAAAGUGCAACUCACUGCCCAUCAAAGUAUUCACACUGGGGAGAAACCAUAUAAGUGCUUAGAAUGUGGAAAGAGCUUCAGUAGGAAACAGCAACUCACUGCCCAUCAAAGUAUUCACACUGGCGAGAAGCCAUAUGAAUGCCUGGAAUGUGGAAAGGGCUUUACUAGAAAUUCCUCUCUCACUUUGCAUCAAAGUAUUCACACUGGGGAGAAACCAUAUAAGUGCUUAGAAUGUGGAAAGAGCUUCCGUCGGAAGAUACAUCUGACUUUCCAUCAAAGUAUUCACACUGGGGAGAAACCAUAUAAGUGCUUAGAAUGUGGAAAGAGCUUCAGUAGGAAACAGCAACUCACUGCCCAUCAAAGUAUUCACACUGGGGAGAAAUCAAAGAUGGAACUGCAAGACUCAGCUACUCCUGAAGCCGGACUUGGCCCUGAUGCACUCAAGACUGAGACCCAUGCAGAGGAAUUCUGUGGGGGAAACGUGCAGAAGAUCUUGGAGGAGAACCCCCUCAGCUCAGAUGUGCAGCGCCAGCAGUUCCGGUGUUUCCGCUACCAGGCAGCUGAGGGGCCCCGAGAGGCUUGCAGCCGACUCCACCUUCUUUGCCGUGAGUGGCUGAAGCCGGAGCGACACCCAAAGAACCAGAUCCUGGACCUGAUGGAGAGCUGGGUGAGGGAGUGUGGAGCAGAGACCAGUUCCCAGGCGGUGGCCCUGGCAGAAGAUUUCCUCCUGAGUCGGGCAGAGGAUGAGAAGCAGGAAGAGUGGCAGGAAAAGGGUCUCUAUGCAGAAAUAGGAAUGGAUUUCCCUGAGGCAGAGAGGACUCCAUCGGACACCAGGAAGAGGCUUCUGGGUGAUGGAAUCAUGUCAGCAAGACCUACUAAAUCAUAUCCCCUUUCUGGUGGAGGAGAAGCUGUUGCUAUCGCCCCACAUCAGGAUCCAGUGUCUUUGGAGGAUGUGGGUGUGCAGUUCACGGAAGAGGAGUGGACUUUGUUGAAUCCUAACCAGAGAGCUCUGCAUAGCGAAGUCAUGGAGGGGAUUUGUGGGACUCUGUCCUGUCUUGAAGAUGACAAGUGGAUAGCCAAGAGGAAGGAAGAACUAUGUGGGAAAGAGAGACUGGAAAGAGACAGAUCUGAAAAGAGGGAAGAGCAGAGAAGGAAACCUGAAACAGAAGAGAGAAGGGGGAAUAAAUCUUGCGCUUCUCAGGGCAGUGGCUACCAUAAAAGUGCCAUCCGAGAAAAAACAGAUCAAGGAAGAAAAAGAAAUAAAUAUUGUCGUUGUUGGGAAAGUCUCAAUUCUAAAAGAAAAUGUAAAGCCCACUACAAAAACCAGAAAAGGGAGAAACUGUAUAAAUGCCAGGAAUGUGGAAAGAGCUUCAGCUGGAAAAGCAUACUCACUGCCCAUCAAAGAAUUCACACCGGGGAGAAACCAUAUGACUGUUUAGAAUGUGGAAAGAGCUUCCGUCGGAAGGCACAUCUGACUUCCCAUCAAAGAAUUCACACCGGAGAGAAAGCAUAUAAGUGCUUAGAAUGUGGAAAGAGCUUCAUCAUGAAACGACUACUCACUUCCCAUCAAAGAAUUCAUACUGGGGAGAAACCAUAUAAGUGCUUAAAAUGUGGAAAAAGCUUCAGGGAUUGUUCUACCCUUUCUUCCUAUCAAAGUAUUCACACAGGGGAGAAACCAUAUAAGUGCUUAGAAUGUGGGAAGAGCUUCCGUCAGAAGAGAUAUCUGACUUCCCAUCAAACAAUUCACACCGGGGAGAAGCCAUAUAAAUGCCUGGAAUGUGGAAAGGGCUUCACUAGAAAUUUCUCUCUCACUUUGCAUCAAAGAAUUCACACAGGGGAGAAACCAUAGAACUGUUAGGAAUGUGGAAAGAGCUUCAGAAAGAGCAUAAGUCUCUAUUGUCAUGAAAGAUUUCAUGCAGAAGGUCCCAGGUUCAGUCCUCAAUGGCAUUUCCAGGUAGCUCUCGGAGAGACUCCUUAUCUGAAACCCUGGAGAACUGCUGCCAGCAAGUGCAGACAGCAGGAAACAGCUCCAGCUCAGAGCCUUCUCUGCCAGCUCCCUCAAGCUAUUCAGGGGUGGGAAGUCUUGAGGAGAGGCCAAAGCCCCAGGGAGGGGCUGCAGGUGGCUCAGUGGGAAAAGCUCCUCCUCUCCCUCCGACGUCACUUCCUGUCUGGUUCUUCCAUUCGAGACAAGCGGCGCGGCCCCCUGUCUCUCCUCCAAGGGCUCUUGCAUCGGUGGCCCCUUCUGGGAUCAAAGAUGGAACAGCAAGACUCAGUUGACCCUGAAGUUAGAAGAGGCCCUGAUUCCAUCAAGACUGAGACCCAUGGGGAGGAAUUCCUGGGGGGAAAUGUGCAGAAGAUCUUGGGGGAGAAUUCCCUCAGCUCAGAUGUGCAGCGCCAGCAGUUCCGGCAUUUCCGCUACCAGGAGGCUGAGGGGCCCCGAGAGGCUUGCAGCCGACUCCACCUUCUUUGCCGUGAGUGGCUGAAGCCACAGCAACACACAAAGAACCAGAUCCUGGACCUGGUGAUCCUGGAGCAGUUCCUGGCUGUCCUUCCACCAGAGCUGGAGAGCUGGGUGAGGGAAUGUGGAACAAAGACCAGUUCCGAGGCGGUGGCCCUAGCAGAAGGUUUCCUCCUGAGCCGGGCAGAGGAUGAGAAGCAGGCAGAGCAGCAGGAAAAGGGUCUGUAUGCUGAAAUAAGAACUGAUUUCCCUGAGACAGAGAGGACUCCAUUGGACCCCAGGCACAGGCUGCUGGGUGAUGGAAUGAUGUCCGCAAGACCUACUAAACCAUCUCCUCUUUGUGGUGGAGAAGCUGUUGCUAUUGCCCCAGAUCAGGGUCCCGUGUCCUUGGAGGAUGUGGCUGUGUAUUUCACAGAAGAGGAGUGGGCUCUGCUGGAUCCUGACCAGAGAGUUUUGCAUAACGAAGUCAUGGAGGAGAUUUGUGGGACUCUGUCCUGUCUUGACGGUGACGAGUCAGAAGCCAAGAACAAGAGAGAACUAUGUGGGAAAGCGGCGUGGUUAAGAGACAGAUCUGAAAAGAGCAAAGAGCAGAGAAUGAAAACUGAAGCAGAAGAGAAGAGGAGGACUAAAUCUUCUGCUUUUCAGGCCAGUGACUACCAUAUAACUGCAGAUAAAAGAAACAAAAGUAGUAAAUAUUUUGGUUAUUGGAAAUGUCUCAAUUCUAAAAGAAACUGCAAAGCCCGCUCCAAAAACCACAAAGGAGAGAAAGUAUAUAAAUGCUUGGAAUGUGGAAAGACCUUCAGUCAUAAGAUCUCUCUCAUUAAUCAUCAAAGAAUUCACAUUGGGGAGAAACCAUAUCAAUGCUUAGAAAGUGGAAAAUGCUUCAGGUGGAAGCUAAUCCUCACUGCCCAUCAAAGAAUUCACACUGGGGAGAAACCAUAUAAAUGCUUGGAAUGUGGAAAGACCUUCAGUCACAAGAUAUCUCUCACUAAUCAUCAAACAAUUCACACCGGGGUGAAACCAUAUCAAUACUUAGAAUGUGGAAAAAGCUUCAGGUGCAAGACCAAUCUGACUUCCCAUCAAAGAAUUCACACUGGGGAGAAACCAUAUAUAUGCUUAGGAUGUGGAAAAAGCUUCAGCUGGAAGGAAAAUCUCAAGGCCCAUCAAAGAAUUCACACUGGGGAGAAACCAUAUAAAUGCCUGGAAUGUGGAAAGGGUUUCCGUCAAAAGAUACAUCUGACUUCCCAUCAAAGAAUUCACACUGGGGAGAAACCAUAUAAAUGCUUAGAAUGUGGAAAGAGCUUCAGCUGCAAAAACCAACUCACUUCCCAUCAAAGUAUUCACACCGGGGAGAAACCAUAUAAAUGCUUGGAAUGUGGAAAGAGCUUUAGCUGGAAAACCCAACUCACUUCCCAUCUAACUAUUCACACCGGAGAGAAACCAUAUAAGUGCAUAGAAUGUGAAAAGAGCUUCCGUCAGAAGAUACAUCUGACUUCCCAUCAAAGAAUUCACACGGGAGAGAAACCAUAUAAGUGCUUAGAGUGUGGAAACAGCUUUAGCUGGAACACCCAACUCAUUUCCCAUCAAAGUAUUCACACCGGGGAGAAACCAUAUAAAUGCCUGGAAUGCGGAAAGAGCUUCAGCUGGAAACACCAACUCACUUCCCAUCAAACAACUCAUACUGGGGAGAAGCCAUAUAAAUGCCUGGAAUGCGGAAAGGGCUUCAGUAGAAAUUUCUCUUUCACUUUGCAUCAAAGAAUUCAUACUGGGGAGAAACCAUAUAAAUGCCUUGAAUGUGGGAUGAGCUUCAGCUGGAAAACCCAACUCACUUCCCAUCAAACAAUUCACACUGGGGAGAAGCCAUAUAAAUGCCUGGAAUGUGGAAAGGGCUUCAGUAGAAAUUCCUCUCUGACUUUGCAUCAAAGCAUUCACACUGAGCAGAAACCAUAGAAUUGCUAGGAAUGUGUAACAAAUUUCAGGAGUAGCACAAGUCUCUAUUGUCAUGAAAGAAUUCAGAAAGGGGAAACAAUGUUAUGAGUGUAGAACGGGGGUUGCUAACCUGUUGCCUGUGGGUGUUUUGGAGGCCUGUGGAGACUGGGAUGUUAGAGAAGAGAUCCUGACCUUCCUCUGUGUGAUCCUGGUCCCUACCCCUGUUUUCACACAACACUGUCCUCACCCAGAACCCAUCCACCCUUUCUUUGUAGAGAGAAUUCGGAUUUUCCCAAUCCUGAGAAAAUCCUAAAAUAAAGAAACUAACUGAA